AUGUUCAUUCUUUCAAAAAUAAGUGAUUUAGUACGAAUCCCACCUGAUCAAUUCCACAGAGACUCUAUAUCUGCAAUCAUGCAUCAAUUAAAUAAACGGUAUGCUAAUAAAAUUGUACCACGUAUUGGUUUAUGUGUAACAAUUUAUGAUUUAUUGGAAGUUGAUCAAGGUCAAUUGAAACCUGGUGAUGGUGGUUCUUACAUUAACGUUACAUUUAGAGCUAUUAUUUUUAAACCUUUUGUUGGUGAAAUUAUAACUGGUUGGAUUGCUGAAUGUACGAAUGAAGGGAUUAAAGUGUCUUUAUCGGGUGCAUUUAGUGAUAUUUUCAUUCCUAAAAAUAUGUUAUUCGAAGGGUGCUAUUUUGCUCCAGAAGAUAAUGCAUGGGUAUGGCCAAUGGAUGAAGAAACAAAAUUAUAUUUCGAUAUUAAUGAAAAGAUAAGAUUUAGAGUAGAAAAAGAAGUUUUUCUUGAUGUUAAACCAAAAUCCCCAAAAGAAAAAGAAUUAGAAGAACAAGCUCAAAAUGAUGAAGAACAACCUAAAGUAGAAAAACCUCCAGCUUAUGCUCUGUUAGGAAGUUGUCAAACUGAUGGUAUGGGUCUGAUUAGUUGGUGGGAAUAA